AUGGCGGUGGGGGGAGCCGCGGAAGAAAGUUUGAAAAUAAGCACAAAGCAGAAAUCAACAACCAUUCGUGUAUUUUUCUACAAUCUACAGGUGUUCAGCCUAGCUGUUAAGAUGCCCACACCCGGCAUGGAAAUAACUGGAAUCUUACCUGACUCUGACUCCAGCUCUCUGCCAAUGCAGACAGUAGGAGGACACAGUGAUAUCUUUGCUCUGUGCAGCCUCAGUGGAGCUCACAGCCCUCCAGGGAAGGCUCAUCACUGCUGUCCCCUGUCCCUGCGAUUCUGGUUAAAUUGCACGGAGAAACGUCCCUUACCUGGGAACAAGAAGUCCAGAGCCCAGGCCGUAGCCCUCACAGAACCCUGGGAGGCAGGCGGCAGCUGCAGCGCGGGGUGGCUGACAGCGGAGCUGAUGGAGCAGGUGGCACAGUACACCGAUGCCUUGCGGGACCGGAGCUGGGCCUUCAAGUAUGAAGCUCCUGUCAUUGAAAACCUAGAUGCUGUUUUAGACCAGUUUGAUGCUAUUGAUUUUUCUGACAAUGAGAUCAGGAAACCGGGGUUUCCUUUAUUGAGAAGAUUGAAAACAUUAUUAGUGAGCAACAACAGAAUAUGCCGUAUAGGCGAGGGGCUUGAUCAGGCUCUGCCCUGUCUCACAGAACUCAUUCUCGCCCACAUCAAUCUUGCGGAACUGCGUGACCUGGACCCUUUGGCCUCCCUCAGAUCUCUGACUUACCUAAGAAUUCCAAGAAAUCCUGUAACAAAUAAGAAGCAUUACAGACUGUAUGUAAUUUACAAAGUUCCACGGGUCAGAGUACUGGAUUUCCAGAAACUGAAACUAAAAGAGCAUCAGGAAGCAGAGAAAAUGUUCAAGGGCACAUGGGGUGCACAGCUUGCAAAGGAUAUUGGCAGGAGAAGCAAAACUUUUAUUCCAGGUGCUGGUUUGUCAACCGACAAAAAGAAAGGUGGGCCAUCUCCAGGGGAUGUCGAAGCAAUAAAGGAUGCUACAGUGAAUGCAUGGACUCUGGCUGAAGUAGGGAGGUUUAAAGGGGGGCUGCAGUCCAGUCAGAUGCCUGGCAGAGAACCGAAGAGGAGAUGGCAGAACACACGGUCACAAACAGAUCCUGAGCAGUGUGGCCUGUGGGUGACAAGAAGGCUCUUGUUGGCCAGGUCUUGCUUUGUGAACCUGGAAUAA